UAAAAAACUUUAGCGUCUCCAACAACAUUAAAUUUCAAGCAAUCGUGCCUUGCCUAUCUCUCCAAUCACCUCCAAUUACAAACAUUGAUAUCCAUCUCAACAAAUGGCCGGAGUUAAAAGAUUUCGGGCACUCAACAAACCAUGUGUUCUUCUUAUAGUGAUCGCUGGGAUCGAACGCUUCGUGUUUAAAGGCGUGGGGUCGAAUCUGGUCAUCUACCUCACGGAAGUGAUGCAGAUGACCAGCUCGUCCGCCGCCCAAACCGUCAACGGCUGGACCGGUUUUACAUCAAUGGUGCCGUUACUUGUCGCGCCGCUAGUCGACUCGUAUUGGAACCGUUACUCCACCAUUUUAGCUUCCUCUUGCAUCUAUCUCAUUGGGCUUUUGGCGUUAACAUCAACAGCAUUAAACAAAACAAACUCCUCGUCCUCAUCGUUAUCAUUGUAUAUUUCACUUUAUUUAAUUUCGUUAGGCAUAGGCGGGUACAACCCGUCAUUGCAGGCGUUCGGGGCGGAUCAAAUCGACACUGAGGAUGAGCUUCCAACAACAAAAACCGAUACCAGUCCCGACAAAAAAAGUAUGUUUUUUCAAUGGUGGUAUUUUGGUAUAUGUAGUGGCAGUCUUUUAGGCGUGUCAAUCAUGCCGAAUAUUCAAGACUCGGUGGGUUGGGGUUUGGGGUUUGCGGUGCCCGCCAUGGCUAUGGCGGUGUCGAUGAUCGUGUUUUCUUGCGGCAGCCGGUUUUACUCGUAUGAUAAUGAUCGGAACAAUGACGUUAAAUCAGUGGAGAAAGUUGUUCAGGCUGUUAAAAGUUGUGUAUCUAAAUUUAUCCAUUUGAAAAAUGAGGAGAAAGCCAACAUUGUGGAGCUAGAGCUCGAAGACAAACCACUAUGCAUAAAAGGAGAAAACGAAACCGAAUGUUUAGCUGACCAAAAGUCAACCAACAACAACAGUAACCACCUGGUCAAAAUCUUAAAAGUCGUCAUCGAACUCUUACCAAUCUGGACAACAUUACUCAUGUUCGCCGUCAUAUUCCAACAACCAGCAACCUUCUUCAUCAAACAAGGCAUGUCAAUGAAGAGAAACAUAGGACACACCUACAAAAUCCCACCAGCCACCCUCCAAAGCGCCAUCACAAUAUCCAUAGUCCUCCUCAUGCCAUUCUACGACACCAUCUUCAUCCCCUUCACUCGCCUCAUUUUGCGCAACGAAAAUGGGAUCACAACAAUGCAACGUAUCGCCAUCGGCAUGUUCCUUUCGGUUAUCGCAAUGAUAUUCGCAGCCACCGUGGAAAUGAAGAGGCUCCAAUAUUCGGAACUUGAGACGUUGAGUAUAUUCUGGCUCUUGCCGCAAUACGUGUUGUUGGGUAUUUCAGAUAUUUUUACCGUGGUGGGAAUGCAGGAGUUUUUUUACAGCGCAGUGCCGGAGGGGAUGCGGACAAUGGGUAUAGCGUUGUAUACAAGUGUGUUUGGUGUAGGGAGUUUUCUGAGUGCGUUUUUGGUGUUUUUGGUUGAGUAUUUUACGACUUCUGAAGGGGGAAAGGGGAACUGGUUUGCGGAUGAUAUGAGGGAAGCACGGCUUGAUAAUUAUUAUUGGCUGUUGGCGGGUACGAGUACGUUGAGUUUGGUUGUGUUUGUUGUGCUUUGUACAUUUCAAAAGACAAGACAAUGAACAUUGGUUCUAGGUUUAAGGUUUAUAGGUUUUGGAAGGGGGAAACUUGGAUGUUAACAAAGUGAUUUAGCGGUUUGGGUUUACGUGUGGUGUACAUAUCGUCGUUUUCUUUGGGUUCGGAUGUUUUCUGAUAUAUAGAUACGUAAAGAUGUUUGGUUUUCGUUUUCUUGGAUAAGAGUUUUUGAUUUUGAAUUGUAACGUUUGAAAUUGAAACUUAACAUUAUGUUUA